UCUUCCUCUCUGCAGAUCCUCAUCUCUCUCUCUCUCUCUCUCUCUCUCUCUCUCUCAUGGAGUGGAAAAGAGGGCUGACCUUAGGCCGCGGCUCCACUGCCACCGUCUCACUGGCUACAGCCAACCCGUCCGGUGAGCUCUUCGCCGUCAAGACCACCGAACUCUGUCGCUCUCUGUUUUUGCAGAGAGAGAAACAUUUUCUGUCUCAGCUGAGUUGUCCUCGCAUAGUCAAGUACAUAGGCUCCGAUGUUUCAUAUGAAGAUGGUCGGCCUAUGUACAAUCUUUGUAUGGAGUACGUGCCUGGUGGCACCCUUUACGAUGCAAUUCAGAGGCGCCGAGGCUGCCUAGAUGAGCCUACGAUUAGAUCAUACACAAAGCAAAUUCUGCAGGGCUUGGAAUACCUUCAUGCAAAUGGGUUGGUGCAUUGUGAUAUAAAGAGCCAGAACAUUUUGAUGGGUAAAGAUGGUUUGAAAAUUGCUGACUUGGGUUGCGCUAAAUUGGUAGAAGUUGCUGCCACAUCAGCAAUUUCCGGUACACCGAUGUUUAUGGCGCCUGAAGUGGCGCGUGGAGGGGAGCAGGGCUUUCCUGCUGAUAUAUGGGCUCUUGGAUGCACGAUCAUUGAAAUGGCUACUGGGAGUACCCCAUGGCAGGAUAUGAACGACCCGGUAUCGGCUCUUUAUCGGAUUGGAUUUUCCGGUGAUGUGCCGGAGAUUCCAAUGUGGUUGUCAGAGAAAGCUAAGGACUUUCUGAGCAAGUGUUUGAGGAGGGAUCCAAGAGAGAGAUGGACAGCCAAAGAGCUUCUUGAUCAGCAUCCAUUUCUUGCAGAAGUAGAUUCUGAGCAAUCUCUGGAAAUUAAGGAGUUCACCAUGAGUUCUCCAAAUAGUGUAUUGGAACAAGGUUUUUGGGAUUCAUUAGAAGUCUUGAAAUGUCCAAGAAAUACGACCCAUGAAGGUAUUUCGUCCGAUUCUCCAGCUGAAAGGAUCAGAAGGUUGAUUGGAGAGAAUCCCAACUGGACUUGCGAUGAAGAUUGGGUCACAGUGAGAAGCAAUGGAACAGAGGAAGAUGAGACAUUCUCUUGCGAAUUUGACGUGCUCAUGGCGGAUGAAAUUUCAGCUGCAGCCGAAUCAGUCAUGGGUGAUUUAAGUGCUCCAUUGGAAGAGUUUCGAAGCUCAUUCUUUAAUGAGGAUUUGUUUGUACACUCUGUUAACAGUUUGAGUACUAUUACCGCUACUAGUAUUAGGAGAGCCUUUGUUGAAGACGAUAUUGUAUUGAUAAUUUCAAAUUGUGAAACAGAUAAUGAAAAGUUUUCUUUGCAUCCAUCUCAAUUCUCUGAUCUGAAUCCUAAAUCCAUUGAAUACAAUCUUAUCUUCUUUGUGCAAAUAUCUCAGUUGCUUUAA